GUGAGUGAUUGCUUGUGUGUUGACAUUUGCGCAUUGCGAUAAGUUAAUCUUUGCUUGCGAUUUGGUAUCAAUUGAAAAAUCAACAUGGCAACUGGUGUUGAUGAAAACAAGGGUAAGAAGGAUUUACAAGAUGAUAUUGAUGAAACCAAGGGUAAGAAGGACUUGCAAGAAAUUAUAGAGCAAAUCAAUGCAGAAGAGCAUUACAGGGUUAUGACAAAAGAGGAGUACGACCUGUUGAAAGCGCAGAAAAUUCCAACUACCCCUAAAGUUGAACAUGGUUUGAAUAAGGGUACCAUUCCUAAACUACCAUCCUUAGGUGAAGUACCGAUCCCUAGUCACAUACCCUCACCAGGUUAUUUACACCCGCCAGGUCUUAUGUCAUCACCUCAAUUGUUUAAUAGCUCUGCUCUGUUUCAUCAAAAUAACAACCCUACCCCUAUAAAGCUUCCAACUUUUAGUGGUAGUGAGCAAGCUCAAAAAGGUGAAGUGAGCUAUGACGUUUGGUCGUAUGAGGUUAGGUGCUUAAAGGGCCAGUGGCCUGAUCAUGUUCUUUUGCAGCCAGUGAGAAGUUCUCUGAAGGGGAUGGCGAGAGAAAUUCUGAUUCCACUUGGAGAACAUGCAACGGUUGAGAACAUCCUCGCAAAGUUAGAUGACUUUUAUGGGAAUGUCUGCACACCCGAAAACAUCAUGCAGAAAUUUUAUUCAGAUCAUCAACAAGAGGGUGAGUCAAUUGUUUCCUAUGGAUCUAGGUUAGAACAGUGUUUAUCAAAAGCUGUAAAAGUAGGUCACAUUGAUGUAAAUGCCAAGGACCCAAUGCUUAGAUCAAAGUUUUGGUCAGGUCUAAGGAGCACACAGUUAAGAAAUGCUACAAGGCACAAGUAUGAGACUGUAAAAGAGUUUCACUCCCUUCUUAGGGAAAUAAGACAGAUUGAACAAGAGGAAACUAGUUUGAAAUCUGUAAAUUCAGUUCCCAAAUCAAGUGUUGCUAUGUCAAGUAAUGUAGAUUCAUUGACAAUUCAAAAUUCUGAACUGCAAAAUAUGCAAAAACAACUCACAGAAUUACUUUCUCAGAUGAAGAAACUUGAUAGCAGAAUGAGUAAAAUUGAGCAAAGUUCAAAUGCAAAUAAUCAAACUCAAGCAACUGGUUUUAAUAAUACAGGUUCUUUUCAGACAAAUACCUCCAACAAUACUAACCACAGAGGAAUUUUUCAGGGCAGGAAGAAAUUCGCCAACAGGGGCAGAGGAAUGUAUUUCCAAUCUCAGCAACCUUCAAACCAGCAGCAACAGACUCAGCAACCAUGGCAACAGAGGCAGUUUACUCAACAGUCUGCUAACAUGAAUGGGUUUGGUGCAGGUAGUACUUUAAACUAGUUUCAUCUCCUGUUGCGGGGCAAACUGAAGAUGCAUUUCAAAAUAGCCCUAAUUACACCAAAAAUCAAUCCAGUCUUUUGUACAGGUUAGUUGGAGAAUCCAAUGAAUCUGAUAUUAUUGUCAAUGGCUUAAGAAC